AUGCAGCCGCCUAAUGUCCCAGGGUCUGCGAUGGAGGUUGAUGCUGGCGGAGAAGAGCCGAAGUAUGGUGGUUUUACGCGAUUCGAGAUAGAGCUCGAGUUUGUCCAGUGCCUCGCCAACCCUUACUACCUCAACCACCUCGCCGCGCAGAAAUACCUUUCCAAACCCGAGUUCGUCGCGUACCUCGAUUACCUGCAGUAUUGGUCGCGGCCGCCCUACGUGAAAUAUCUUACGUAUCCCGGCCCGACGUUGAAGCAUCUCGAACUAUUGCAGCAGGAGAGAUUUCGGAGAGACAUACUGAGCCCGGAUCUGGUGCAGGGGCUUGUGGAGGAGGGGAUGAAGGCUGCCGUUGUGUGGCAUGCGCAAGGCUGA